AUGCAAGGAACUAUUAUUGAGAAUUUAAGCGGCAAAAAGCUUUCAGUGCUUGUGGUGCUGUUGAUUAUCGCACAAAUAGUUUGCUUUUUAAUUGGCGGUCUCGUUGCACCUAGACCUGCAAGCAGCCAAAACAUAUUAGGAACACCAUGUAGAGAUAUUCGUAUCAAUGGGUCUGAACCAGGUGGAGGAAAAUGGUUUUAUUCACGUGGAAAAGGCUCUUGUAUACCAGUUCGAUUCGAAGAAUUUGAUAAUCAUCACCAGGCAUUCCAAGUUGUUUAUGUAUUUCAGAUGCCUAUUCCUCGGGCUAAUGAAGUAUUAGAUUAUUCAAGAUGGCAACAAAAUCUCAUUGGAGUCUUGCAAGUAGAUAUCACCUAUCACAGUCAAAUGGAAAUAGCUCCUAAAACAAAAAUCACUUUGGAUGCUAGACUUGCAUAUAGAAACAAAGGAGAUCCAGAUGAUGCGUGGAAACCGUAUGGUGCCUCUGUUGUGGAAAGAAUUCUAGAAUGUAGCAUUGACACGAAUAUGGAACAAUACAUAUAUAACUGCAGCACUGUGCCAUUAUUUGAAUUGGGAUCUUUAUAUCAUGAUUAUUACCUUUUGAAUAUUCGUUUGCCAGCUGAUACUGAGAAAAAUAUUAACCAAGGUUUAGGUCAUAUUACCGACUUGUGGCUUACAGUCAUUAACCAAAAUGGAGGAUUUACAAAAGUUUGGGUGAGCUUGAAAACCAUCUAUUUCCCAAUUGUACUGUGCAUUCUUGUCUGGCACUGGAGAAGAGUGAACAUGUUAUCAAGAGCACCAGCAUUGCUAGAAUAUAUGCUCUUAGCACUAGGCUCUGCACUCACUUUUCUAAACAUGCCUUUGGAAUACAUGACUCUUGCUUUUGAUAUGCCAUUUAUGUUGCUUUUGGGAGAUAUCAGACAAGGUGUAUUUUAUGCAACACUUCUAUCCUUUUGGUUAGUGUUUGCAGGUGAACAUCUUAUGAUUCAGGAAGGUGAACAAAGAAAUACAUUAAAAUGUUACUGGCGACAUCUUUCCGCUGUUGGUGUGGGAUGCCUUUCGCUCUUCAUGUUUGACAUGUGUGAGCGUGGAGUUCAAUUAAGAAAUCCAUUUUACUCAAUCUGGGUUACAGAGAUCGGUACAAAGUUGGCUUUGUCUUUUAUAAUACUAGCUGGUGUAUCUGCUGGAAUUUAUCUAUUAUUUCUGACAUACAUGAUAUGGAAAGUGUUCAUGAAUAUUAGCGCCAAACGGGCUGCGUUGCCUAGUAUGAGUUCAGCUCGGCGUUUGCAUUAUGAAGGAGUCAUUUAUCGCUUCAAAUUUUUAAUGAUAACCACAUUACUUUGCGCUUCACUGACAGUUAUUGGAUUCAUUCUUGGACAGGUAGCAGAAGGCCAAUGGAAAUGGGAUGAAGACAUAGAACUCGAAAUGACUUCUGCUUUUUUCACUGGAGUAUAUGGAAUGUGGAACAUUUAUAUUUUGGCACUUCUGUGUCUUUAUGCACCAUCGCAUAAACAAUGGCCAAUCGAACCGUCCGAAAAUAGUGUCAGCGAUGAAAUUGAAUUUGCAAGACUUCCAACAGACCCAAACGAAAUGUUAUCCCUGACGGCAUUCGCACGCAAAUCGGCCAUGGAAUAAAUAACAUUUUGGAAAAAGAGAAGAUUCAAAUCUGACUUCAUUAAGCGCAGAUACUUCUUCAAGAUAAAAAUGGAAUGAUAACACAUGAAAGUGGUUUUAAAACAUUUAUAGUAAAAACGACUGAUAUUCUUUAUAUUUACACUGCGAUUUUUAACAAUGUAUUGAUCGACAACGGUAGUAUUACCUAUCUUAUAAGAGUUUCUAUAUUUUAUCGUACAUUUUAAAAAGAAAUUUAGGAAUGACCAUGCACAAUUGCAUUAAUUUAUUGCGAAAGAAGUUUCUUUAAUAGUAAGAAUAUAUACAUUACCAAAUGAGCCAUUUCUUGUCAUUCUAAACAUCUUUAUUUGAUCAUACUGAGAACUCGGAUUUGAAAAUUGUAUAAUAUAUAAACAUUGCAAUUUGUUUCAGUCUUCCAUUUUUAUGAAUGCAGUUGUGUUCAUUGAAUCUGUCUUUUAUGUUAAUAGAUCUCUUCGGUAUUUAAGCAAUUUGGAGCAUUUAAAUGUUUUUAUUCUGUAUAUUGUAACGUCGAAAUUUAAGCUAACACAUCUUUCGCAAUUCUUAUGAGACAUAAAAGUAAUUUUUUUCGAUUCUCCUUUCGCGGUACUUAAAUUUCACGGCAGCAAUAUGAAAAGUUUUGUUAAUAUAAUCAUUAGUACUGUAAACCGUUCAUAUAAUCGAUUGAUGUGACGAUAGUAUUUAUUAAUCAUAGUAAGAAACACAGUCAUUAUAACAAUAUAGAUUAAUUUUGUGUUCCAUUGUGUAAUAGAACAUAUCAGUAUUGGGCAUUUAAUUAUAAUUAAUCAUCUAUAGAUUCAACCACAUUAAAAUAUAGUAUUAACAAAUCAGUAUUGGCCAAAAGAAGUAUUCCUUCUUUUAAACGUUUUUCAAACUAAUUUUACGUAAAAUAAUUAUUAAAAAAUUUAGCUAUGUAGCGACUGUAACUUAAUUGAAAUAUUUGAAUAAGGUCUAAUAAUAAUACACAAGAUUUCUUGUUGCUGAUACCAUAUUUAUGUCCUUAUUCAUUCGUAUUCUGUAGUUUUCUAGAUUUGUAAUCAAUAUAAUAUAUGAAGUCUGUACUUAUUGGAAAUUAUACAUUGCAUUGAAUUUG